AUGGAGGCGACGGUGGUGAGCAUGGGCAAGGCCGUGCUUGAUGGUGCGCUGGGCUAUGCCAAGUCCAAGGCAGCGGAGGAGAUCGCGCUGCAGCUCGGUGUCGAGCGCGACGUGGACUUUAUCACGGACGAGCUGCACAUGAUGCAGUCGUUCCUGGAGAUGGCUGAUGAGGACAAUGGACAGAACAAGGUGUUCAUGGCCUGGGUGAAGCAGAUCCGCGACCUGGCCUACAAAGUGGAGGACAGUCUCAUGGAUUUUGGCCUCCACUCGGAGAAGAAACCGUUAUGGGGGUGCAUCCCCCGCAACUUAUCUGACCGACGCCGAAUUGCCAAGGAAGUGAAGGAGUUGAGAGCCAAGGUGGAGGACGUGAGCAACAGGAACCUGCGCUACCGCCUCAUCAAGGACCGCAAAGAUAACUCUGACUCCAAGGCUACCGCGGCCAAAAAACAGGCCAACAUUGCUAGUGCUGCAAUGCUUGGCAUCAACGAAGCAACACUUGCCACUCAGGAGCAGGAAAAAACAGAGGUGAAUCUCCACCAGCUGAUCACCAGCAAGGAGGAGGAUCUUAGGGUUAUUGCGUUGUGGGGAACAAGCGGUGAUCAUGGGAAGACGUCCGCCAUCCAGGAGCUUUAUGACGAUCCAAAGGUAUUAAAAAAGUUUGGAUUGUGUGCGUGGGUUAGGUUGAUGUAUCCUUUCAAUCCGCAAGAGUUCCUCCGGAGCUUGGUGAGGCAAUUCUAUGAAAAAUCUCAUGAUGAGGUCGGAAAGCAAGAAAGUAUAACAAAUGUCGGGGCUAAUAGUUUUGCAAAGAUGGAGAAGAUAGAUCAAAGUGAUUUAAUCAGUGUGUUUAGUGCACAGUUGCAUAGCAAUAGUUACCUGAUUGUGAUAAAUGACCUAUCAACCAUAGAAGAGUGGCAUUGCAUCAAAAAAUACUUCCCCAACAACAAGAAACAAAGUAGAAUCAUUGUUUCGACGCAGAAUGUUGAAAUGGCAAGCUUGUGCACCGGGAAACCGUACCAAGUGUCGGAGCUCAGGCAGUUGUCAUGUGAUCAAACUAUUUAUCUUUUCCACAAGAAGAAUACAAAGGAGAACAGCAUGUCCAGUGCUAGUAUGGUGAUGUUUCCUACUAACGAAGCAAGGCUUACUAACGUGGAAGAGAAACUGAAGGCUGUGCAUGAAGGAAUGCCAACCAAUGAAAUACAACAGGAAGAUGAACGACCUAAGCCUGCAGGUGGCAAUAAAGUUUUUAAUUCAACUGCUACAAAGAAGUUUAAUCGCAGCAGUACACUGGCACUGGUUGAUGGAGUUCUCACUGGGCGAGAAACAGAGAAAUCUAAUGUCAUCAAAUUAAUUGGUCAACCCGAUAACAAUCAAAGUUGUAAGGUGAUCUCAGUUUGGGGAAUGGGUGGUCUGGGAAAAACCACUCUUGUCCGAAGCAUCUACCGAAGCCAAGAUCUUUCUGUCUGGAAGCAUGCAUGGGUCACUGCAUUGCGUCCUUUUAACCCUGAGGUACUCCUUAGAGAUUUGGCUUUGCAGCUUCAAAAAAGUAUUCAAGAAGAUACUGCUGGAGCAACAUCAACUAAAGAAAUAUCACUGAUGAAAAUUCAAGAGUUGAAGGUGGAAUUAGCUCGGCUAUUAAAAACACAAAAUUGCCUUAUUGUUCUUGAUGAUAUAUCAUCCAUUUAUGAAUGGGAUUUGGUGAAAGGGUGUUUGGAUAGUGCUGGAAGGAUCAUAAUCACCACAAGAGAAAGAAAUAUUGCUGAACACUGUUCAACAGUAUGCAAGAACAUGUACAGUCUUGAAGGUCUGAAAGGUGGUGCUGCACUUGAUCUCUUCACAAAGAAGGUAUUCAAGGACAAGACUGAAAAAGUUGAUUUAGCCCCCGCAAUGAUGGAGCAAGCACAGAUUAUACUGAAGAAGUGUGACGGUCUUCCCCUUGCAAUAUCAACCAUAGGUGGAUUUCUAGCCACUAAGCCAAAAACUGCUGUUGAAUGGAGAAUGAUGAAUGACCGUAUUAGUGCUGAACUAGAGAUCAAUCCUGAACUUAGGACAAUAAAGACAGUUCUUAUGAGGAGCUACGAUGGUUUGCCAUAUUAUCUCAAGUCAGCUUUCCUGUACCUAUCAAUAUUUCAAGAAGAUCAAGUAAUUAGGUUGGAUCGUCUAGUGAGGCGGUGGAUUGCAGAGGGAUACUCACGAGAUAUUCAUGGCAUUACUGCUGAGCAGCUCGGUCGUAGGUAUUUUGAAGAGCUUUUGGAUAGGAGUAUGAUCCUGCCAGGGGAAGAUGUAAAUGAUUACAAUGGCAAAAUUAGUUCUUGCCAACUUCAUGAUAUCAUCCGGGAAAUAUGCAUCUCAAAGGCGAGAGAGGAAAACCUUGUCUUUAAAUUGGAGGAUGGAUGUUGUUUGAGUAGCACACAAGGUCCAAUACGCCAUCUUGUCAUAGGCAGCAACUGGAAAAGGGAUGGAGAUGCAUUGCCGGGUGUGCUGGACUUGUCUCACGUACGGUCACUGACCGUGUUUGGAGACUGGAGACCGUUUUUCAUCUCCGAGAAUAUGAGGUUUCUCCGAGUGCUCGAUUUGGAAGACACACUAGGGUUGAGAGAUCACCAUCUUGACCGUGUCGGACAGCUCCAUCACCUUAAGUACCUUUCUCUACGAGGAUGUUGGAAUAUAUACUGUCUGCCUAAUUCUUUGGGGAAUUUGCGGCACCUCCAAACACUUGAUAUUAGAGGUACACGAAUAUUUGAGUUGCCAAGAACAAUCACCAAUCUUGGGAUGCUACAGAACCUUCGUGCAUCUUCUUAUUAUUUGGAAGACAGCCCCGAGCUUUUUGCUGGUGGUUUGACAAGGCGUGAUGUACUCAAUCUGUUCCGCUAUGAGCUUUAUAACAACAAGCUGCGUGGUGCUAAAGUUCCUAGAGGAAUUGGUCAGCUGAAUGCCCUGCACAAACUAGAUGGUGCCUAUGUUGAGGGGAAUGCCACUGUAAAAGAGUUUAGAGAGCUUACUGAACUGCGUAAGCUUGGAGUGGUUGGUAUCAACAGCAAAAACAGCAUGGAGUUCUGGUCUGCCAUUGCUGAUCACCAUCAUCUUCGAUCUCUUUCAGUGAGAGGGAAAUCAUGGGAUGAUGAGUUAGAUGGUUGUCCGGGUGAGGGUUUAUCGCCACCAAGCUGGCUUGAGAGCCUCAAGCUGUACGGCAAGCUCGUCAGGGUAAUGGAUUGGAUCCAUCAGCUUCAGAAUCUCUGCAAGUUGUUGCUGGAGGAUAGCAAUUUGGAGCAAGAUGAUGCCAUACAAGCCCUUGGGGUGCUACCAAAUCUUGCAGUUCUACGCCUGAAGGAGAUCUCAUUCAUGGGGAAACAGCUCCAUUUCCAAAACUCGGCUUUCCCGAGUCUCCUGGUGCUGGAGCUUUAUCGCUUACUGAACCUUGAAUCGGUGAUGUUUGAAGAAGACGUAAUGUCUAGGCUCGAGCUACUACAAAUUGAUUGGUGCAGAAAGCUGGGCAAAAUCUCCGGGCUAUCAGUUCUCACAAGCCUCAAGGAAAUUAGACUGGAGGCUUCCGAGGAACGAUUGAUGGAGCAGGUCUCCAGCCAGCUAAGGGAGGAUCCGAAGCACGUCAUCCGCACCUCCGCGCGCGACGUCGCCGGCCCCCGCAGCUCGUGCCGCCGCACUCCCCCACCGCUGCCCAACUGCAGCUCGCCCACCGCCGCCCCUCUGCAGCCCGCGUGCGCCGCCGCCGCACACCCAUCUGGCAUGGCCAUGCCUGCUGGAGUAGUAGCCCUGGAUCUCGCCCCUCCUGUCACGAGGCCCUUCUCUAUCUGCGGCCGCACGGCGGAGGUGCGGUCCGGCGAGACCCUGUUCCGCCUAUACGAGACAAGGAGGAGGCGGACCUACCGCUGCUCCCCUCUUCCCACCUCAUGGAGAUGUGCUGCCCUCGUGUGGAGAUGUUCGCCGCCGGAUAUCUGCCGCCACCUAGUCCCUCGCGCGCCGCCGGCCCUCCCAUCUCUGCCUCGUGUCCUCGUCUGCCCCGCGCCGGCCGCCACCUCUCCCGACCUCCACCACCUGUAG